AUGGUGGCCCAGUUUACGACGGAGCCGCCAUCGAACUACUACCAAUACGCGAACGAGACGCCGCCCGCUGGUGCCCUCCUAGUGGCAAUAGAUGAGUUCGUAGACAAGCACCAGAUAGGCCAGACCGGUGACGACAUGUUGAGGUGCUCUAUUCCCGCCCAUUCCUGUUGGGAACUCGUCCUGUCGGAUCACUCAAACCUCAGCGAUCUCGAUGCAGCCCAAAACGCUACCGGCCGACUCGUUUCUGAACUGUCCACGAAAAAAGUCCUCAUGCAUGGUACCGGUGGGAACAAAUCGCCCAAACAAGGCUUCGUCGCUUGGCUGAAAGAGAUCUCUGAUCGAGAUCGCGGCCGCGCAAUGGCAGACAUGAGCGUGGUGAUGAUAAUGGUCAUGAUCGAUGAGUUCUGUCAAGAAUACGGUCUCGACGAGGCGUGCGAGAAGUUUCUCAAGUUCGAAGUCCCUAUUGCCUUAUCGGUGCCCUUCAUUUUUCAUCAUAGCGCUGUCGACCGAUCGCGCAUCGAAACGGCCCGUAACGCAAGUAGCGUCGUGACUGCUGCUGUGAAGGAGCUCCUCAUCCCUCACAGAUGGCCUGCUGGUAAAGGCGGCAAGGGGAGCGGGAAAGGGAAGGGCAAGGGGAAGGGCUCGCACGAGUCUCCCAGGCCUGGCCGCUUCAGAUCGGUCAACAAAGGGCCGGGUUGCGACAGUUCGCUAGAUAGAGCAUCUAGUCGUAUAUGGUCAUUCCUAGAGGAACAAGGAGCCCCCGAUAAGGUCCGGGACAUCCUCCUCUCUGGCUGCUCGGCAGCUUGGGCCCUCGAGGCGGUCCGGAACGCUUCGACAUGGGAAGAGGCUCGGGACAUCGCUCUGGGCAAGGAGCAAGAGUUCUCGUCAUUGCCAUCGAUUACAGUGCUCGAGAACGGUGUGACCUCCUGGGUCCAGCGGGCUACUGUAGACGGGAGGGUAGGUGAUCUCUUGCGGAGGUUGCUGUCUAUGGCAGACCUGGACGAUGUAUUGGCGGGCCGCGUGCCUUCUCUUGAGGCUGAUAGUCUCGCUGCUGGUGCUAGGGAUGGGACCUUCCGGAACGUAUCGGCCUUCGCUAACGCUCAAAUUCGGAGAAUCGUAGAGAGCGCGACAGAUGAGUAUGGUGUUGGUGCGCCCAGGAGGCGGAGUAGAUCCCGCAGCCCUCGACGGAGUGAGUGGGCAGGGGAUCACAGUUGGGAGAGCGGCCCUGAACAGUAUAGUAACUGGCAGCAUACCGGCUGGCAACAACAGUCGAGCUUCCAGGGCGGCGGAUGGUCCCAGAGUGGCCCUCAGGGGUACCAGCAGAGGCAAGGGUAUGGCGGAGGCUGGUCGGGCGAGCGGUGGUGAAGAGCCUUAGUGCCUAUCGAAGUCGAGCGUCGGAGCUAUACUGAAUGCUGAUUACAUUUCCACACUG